GGAACCCAAGGCUAUCACAUCCGGGUUCUGCAAAACAUGGCGGCAGAUGGCAUAUCAAGACUAUGCCAUUGGGGACCUUCAAUCGCACUCUCAAUCAUCUUCGCUUUGCUGUCGUCAACUCUUUAUUCAAUUCUCAUCUACUGGCGGUCGGAUGACAUGGAGGGCCCCCUCAACUUGACCAUCCUCCUCAUCGACUUCCUACUAAUUAUGUACAACUUCCUGACGGCUUGUUUGCGUGGUCCUGGUCGCGUGCCACCGAGAUGGACACCAGACAACGAAGGAGACACUCGCUACCUACAAUAUUGCGACGUGUGUGAAGGAUACAAGGCACCAAGAGCUCAUCACUGCAGCAAAUGUCAACGUUGUUGUCUAAAGAUGGACCAUCACUGUCCAUGGAUAAACAACUGUGUGGGACACCGCAAUCACGCUCCGUUCGUUCGAUUCCUCUUCCAUGUCACGAUUGGUUGCUCACACGCCUUCUACCUUCAAGCUCUAUCCCUGUAUCGAACAUUCUUUGUUAGAACACACUGGAUGUACAGACGAUUGAUAUUAUAUGGACCGUUGGCAGUAACAGCUAAUCUACUGUGUUGUGGAUUGACCAUAGGGGUAACUCUUGCCGUAGGGAUACUGCUAGUCACUCAACUACUAAACAUCAGGAAAAAUCACACAGAAAUCGAACUGUGGAUUAUGAGAAAGGUGAAGUCAGUAAAAAACAAGAACGGCAACAGUAACUCGUUUCAUUUUCCGUACGACCUUGGCUGGAAGAAAAACUGUAAAUCCGUUCUGUGGACUCAAGAAGGAGACGGGAUCAUGUGGGAAACACGAGCUGACUGCCAUCAGUACACUCUCACAAUGAAACAGAUUGAAUUAAAGAAAGACAAGCGAGAGCACACGUAUCUCUACGAAGUCGUUCGCAACUACCACGGAAGUAGAGAUUAUUUCGGAAUUUGUUUUGGGUGUCGUGUCGCUUGCUCGUGUCCUAACCCGGACGAGCCACGUCUGUGUGUGAAGCAGGGCGACAGAGUCAUGGUAACACGAAUUUAUAAACACUGGCUUUAUGGGAACAGAGUGCUUAGCCAUCUAGUUGAAAACGGAAUCGGACCGACAGUGAGACCUCGGCAGUAUAGCAAAGAGAGAGGAUGGUUUCCAAGGACUUGUGGUGCGCCGAUUAAUAAGAGAAAAUGAUGUUUUAUGAUGCACGUAGCAAGGCUACAAAUUGUGUUUUGUAAACAGUAUGUAAGAAAUCCCAAUGGGAAGAUAGUGAUGAGGUGUAGUUGCUGAAACGUGUAGAAAUGGUUGAAACGGAUUCGUUGAUAAUCUCUCAGUGCUGGCUUA